AUGAGGUUCAAUUGUGCUCUUUUGCACUGGGAACGUCGUUUUUAUCGACAUCUACUUGUGAGGAAAUUUUAUUAUCCGGGGUGGACAUGUGUAAUAUCGGCGAUAAUAAUCUUGUUUUCAGCGGGGUGGCCUUAUGGCCGACUCUCAUCGAAGUCGGAUAUUGUUCGGAGUUUUUUUGUUAAUGAUCGUCAACUCCGUGUGGGUAAUCUCUGCCGAAGUCACCAAGGCAAGUGUAAUAUAACUAUGUUUAGAUUACGCAAUGUUAUGUAACAAUGCGAUUGUUUCAGUACUUGUUCGUGGAUUUAAGAUUUAGACGACCGUUCUUUGCCACUUACAUCAAAAGCUGCCUCUUCUCCAUGUUUUUACUACGAUAUCUAAUAUGCGGACCUCAAAGUUCGAAUACAGAUGAGGUAGGAUAAUAGUACAGGGUGUUUCAGGAAGUAUUUGCAAAUAUCUUUCUGCUCUUUGCAUCUGCAGCUUAAAUUGUUUUUAAAAUUCUAAAAUUUUGGAAUAUGCAAAAGAUUUUGCAAAGAGCAUUCUGCGACGGGGACAUUCCCCAAAAUUACUGUAAACGUUGCUUUUUUCAGAAAGAUUAUUCUCUAUUAAGCACGGAAAAUGAAACGGAUUCAGAAUUUGAAGCGGAAAGUCUGGUAAGUGGUUUCGAAUUUACUGUAAUUUGUUUUAGUCUAUGGCAGAAUUUGAGCCGGUCUCGGUUCCAUCAGAUUAUGAAUCCGAAGACCAGUCCAAGAAUCCGGCCGAGAAAAAGAAGCGAAAGGUCAGGUUUAGCCUCUGGCGAGAAGUCAGAAGUCUCCCGGAGAAGAUCGCUUAUGAGGCCAAACUGGCCAGACUACCGUACAGACCGCCUCCCAUCGAGUGUAACUGUAGGAUGUCGGCUCCCGUAAAAUACGUGCUUUAUUUUGCGCCUUUGGUAAGUAAUUUACAAUGGAAGUACCCCAAGUGCGACGCUCAGAUCUUCUUCAAAUUUUGCACACACGUCGGUCAUGAAGCAAGUAUCAAUUCCUGAAAGUUUUAGCUCGCGCUUUGCCAGCGCUGCCGAGAUAUUGAACGAUCUUUGCCGCCGAGAGAGUAUGCUAAACGCGGAGAGCAGUCAGAGAAAAAACACUUUUUUGAUCAUAACUUUGCUAGUUUCGUGCAGAAAAAAUUGAUUUUUUGUGGAAAAAUUACCCUCUAUGGUAGAAAUAGGCAUGAAACUUUUUGUGCCGACAUUCGGCAAAAAGUGUCAAAGUUUCGCCAACUUUCGAUCUAAAAAUCCCGGUUGUUUUUGUAAAGCGCGAGCUAGAAUUGUCGCAUAUAUUUUAGAAAAAAAUAUUCUAAAUUUGUGCCUAGUUUCAUCAAAAUCUGAGCGUCGCACUUGGGGUACUUCCCCUGUUAAUUUUAAUACGCGGUUUCUGAGUCGCGGUAUUUUCGCUUAUUUUAUGAUUGAUGAUUAUUGCCGUUCCAGUGGUUCCUGAGCUCAGUAACUUAUCAGGCUUCACUUUUGUUCUCGUCGGUCUCCUCUGUCAACAUGAUCUCAGCCUCCUCUUCCCUUUUUGUUUUACUUUUUGGUGCUUUAUUCAGUCCUUUUGCCGAGGAUAAAUUUACUUUUCUCAAAUUUGGUCUGGUCCUUUUGAAUCUGGCUGGAGUGGCGAUAGUCUCCCAGUUCUCGAGUGUUUGGACGGGAACUAUUUUGGCAGUAACCUCGGCCUUUACUUACGCCAUCUAUCUAACAGUAUUCACAGUGAUGAGUAAGAACACUGGGCAGAUCGAUAUGAAUCUUCUUUUCGGUGAGUCCAGGAUAAUAUAAAUAAUUGAUGUCAAUGGUUUAGGGGUGAUAGGAGUUUUUUCCCUGGUGAUCUGCACCCCAUUAAUGUUUGUGGUUCACUUGACUGGAUUGGAACCCCAACUUCCCUUGCCGAAUAUGCAAGAAUUCAUUGUGGUUCUAUUAAAUGGGAUCAUCGGAAGUGUCUUAUCUGAUUAUUUAUGGCUGUAUGCGACCUUACUGACCAAUUCCCUCAUCUCUUCCAUCUCGCUGACCUUAACUAUUCCUAUGAGUUUGUUCGCCGAUGCUUUGUUUAGAUUGCAGUUCCCGGAUGCUGCUCAGUUAAUGGCCGCGGUACCUAUAAUGGCGGUAAGGCAUAAUUUUUGAACUAGAUAAUGGUUUUGUAAUCAUUCUAAGACUCUAAUUCCAGUCGUUUAUCGGAGCCUCUCUGAUCUCACAUUCGGCCGAUGAAAGAGUUGAGACGAUCCGCCGAUCCAAGUCGCCCCUUCCCGUAGCCAAACGAGGUGAUAUCAGAUUUAGAAAUCUAAAAUCGGAUGAAAACGAACGCCUCAUGGAACAAGAUGAGAGCUUAUGA